AUGACGACCUUUCAGACCGAUGCCCCGAUCACGCCGCUUCGCCAGCGUAUGCAGCAAGACAUGGUGAUGCGGGGCCUGGGCUCCCAUACACAGCAAGAUUAUGUUCGCCACGUCCGGAACUUCGCCGCUUUCCUCGGCCGUCCUCCCGACACCGCGACCACCGAGGACAUCCGGCACUACCAGUUACGUCAGCAUGAGACCGGCGUGGAUCCGGCGACGAUCAACAGCACGGUUCUGAGCGUCGAGGAAGCCGCACACCUGCUUGAGGCAGCACCAGGCAUCAAAUACACGGCAGCGCUCGGUGUCGCCUAUGGCGCGGGCUUGGGUGUCUCCGAAGUCGCGCAUCUCAAGGUCGACGAUAUCGACUCGACCCGCAUGCCGAUCCGCGUCGAACAGGGCAAGGGACGCAAGGACCGCAACGCCAUGCUCUCACCACAACUCCUGGAGCUUUUGCGGGUGUGGUGGCGCGAAGGAAAACGGCGCGGCGUGAUGCUGCCCCAUGGUUGGUUGUUUCCGGGACGCAGCUGCACCGAUCCAAUCUCGUCGCGGCAAUUGCAUCGUGCCGUGCAGGAAGCGGCCGAGGUCGCUUGGCUCGCCGAGCGGGAGGCCAACCUCUUGCCUAUCGGGUACUUCCAUGUCGUCUUCACGCUGCCUGUCGAGGUCGCCGUCGUCGCCUUCCAGAACAAGGCGCUGGUCUACGACCUGUUGUUCCGGGCGGCGUCUGAGACGGUGCUCAGGAUCGCCGCCGACCCGAAGCAUCUCGGCGCCCGCAUCGGCAUCACCGCGAGGGCCCAUGUGCACAUGAUCGUGCCGGGCGGAGGCAUCUCCCUCGACGGAACGCGCUGGGUAUCGUCACGCCCUGCAUUCCUCCUGCCUGUGCGCGUGUUGGGCAAGCUGUUCCUGACCCGACUGAUCGCGCUCCACGAUAAAGGACAGCUCGCCUUCUUCGGAUCAAUCGCCCGACUCGCGGACCGCAGGGUCUUUCUGCGUCAUCUCAAGCCUGUCCGCAGCAAACGCUGGGUCAUCUACGCUAAACCGCCCUUCGCCGGAGCGGAAGCGGUGCUCGCCUAUCUGGCCCGCUACACCCACAGGGUCGCCAUCUCGAACCGCCGCCUCAUCGGCUUCAACGAGAACGGGGUCACCUUGCACUACAAGGAUGACCGCCGUGACAGCAACGACCGGCAGCAGGUCAUGAUCCUCGCCAACGACGAGUUCAUCCGCCGCUUCCUGCUCCAUGUCCUGCCACGUGGCUUCCAUUGCAUUCGCCACGACGGCCAUCUUGCCGGCACCUCUCGCAAGGCCAGUCUCGAUCGUGCACGCGCAUUGCUGAGCGUCGCUCCAGUACCCGAAGAUGACGCACCAGAGGUUUCCGACACACGGCCGCCAUGCCCUUGCUGCGGUGGGCACAUGAUCAUCAUCGAGACCUUCACACGCUGGCAACAACCCCGCGCACCGCCGCACUGCGCCGCUUCAACCCGGGAGACCGCGCCAUGA